AUGCCUGUUUCUCGACAUUCAUUCCGUCGUGUUAUUGGUGAUAUUGUUAAUCGUCAUAAUAUUAAAAAUGACUCAACAAAUGGAUAUCCUAGAAGUAGUAGUCGAUCAAGUCAAAAAAUUGAUCGAAACUCUAUGAUUAGUAAUGAUUCAUUAUCGACGUCUCAAACAUAUUAUGAACGAUUACAUAAAUGUGAAAAAGAAGUUUAUAAAUCAUUAAGUUAUCUUGAUCAAGUUUUAACACAUAAUAAACUUGAAAUACUAGCGAAUAUUAUAACAUCAUUAAUUGAAAAUAUAUUUGAUAUUGAUUAUAUAUUAAAAGGAAUAUUUGAACAUCAAUCAGAAUCAUUUCGAACACAUCUUCUUACUGAUGUUUAUUCUUUAUUAGCUGACUUAAUUGAAUGGUCUGAUAAAGUAGUUUUUUCAAAAACAAAUACUGAUGAGAGAUAUCGAAAAAUUGCAAAAGAUCUUUUACAAGCUGUUCAAAUUUGUAUUACGUCAUCGAUACAAACGCGUUCAGACUCAUUUCAAAGUUUCCAUUCAAUCAACACCUCUAUCGAUAACUUCGUUCCAACUCUUUCUAUAAAACGAGAAAAACGUUCUGUGAGUUCAUCAGCUUCGAUGCUAUCUAAUCGAUCUCGAAAUACAGCAAGUCCAAAUUCUUUACUAUUUCCAUCAUCACAAGAACAAAAUAAUGAUGAAUGUAUUCAAUUAAUUGUUGAUGAUAUUAAUCAAAUUGUUGAAAAAUAUACUCGUGAACUUGAUGAGGCUUUACGUACAAAAACAACAAUUCGUUCACCAUCAAUCGAUUAUAUAUCUCAACAAAAUCAUUUAUCUAUAUCAUCAUGUCGUCAUAAUAGUUUUGAUGUUUUAUAUAGAAAAAAAUAUUCACUUGAAAAAAAUUCUGUAAGUCAACAGAAUAUAUUUGUUGACAGUAACGAACAUCGAAGGACAAAUACAACAAAUGAUCCACCACCAUUACCACCAAAACGACAAAUAGCUCGAGCGUAUAUGUCUCUGUUCGAUCGAUAUGAUCAAAAUGAAGCGGAAUUAUUUCUUCGUGACGCAUGUUUCAUUCCAACAUCACAACGUCGUUUCGAGGACUUAUUUGAACAAAUUCAUCAGCAUUUUCCAAAUUCACAAAUAUUUUCGAAUAGUGACGAAUGUUUGAAAAAUAAAGAAGAAAUAAUGAAAAGUAUUCAUUAUAAAUCUUCUAAAGAUAAUAUUUCCAUAGAUCGCUUAAAUAUACAUGGUGAUAAUAUUAAUAAUGAAAAAAAUCAAUAUACAAGUGACUUAUUUCUUGAGAGUGUAUCUCAUUUACUUGUUUUUAAUCUAAAUGAAGAUCCUCCAUUACGUGGUGGUUCUAUUGAUGCAUUGAUAAUUCGAGCAACAUCACCUGAUAAAAAAGAUUUCCUCUAUCAAGAAGCAUUUUUAACAACAUAUCGUACAUUUGUUUCUCCGAGUGAUCUUGUUGAAAAACUUAUUCAACGUUAUACAUACUUUGCUCAAUUUGAAAACAAGAAAAAGAUUUCUCGAUAUGCAUUUUCACUUCUGAUUCGUGUUAUUGAUGAAAUCGAGUAUGAAAUUUUACGUAUUUCAAAAACUGAAUUAGCUGUAUCGAAUAUAUUUAGAGAUGAUAUUUUUAAUGAAUUAUCUGAAAAUCUAAUAAAAACUAUUUCACAUUUUGUUACAACUCUAAUUCGUCAUGGCGAACUUCAAUUAGGUAAAUUAUUAAGACGAAAAUCGCUUGAACGUUUUACUAAAUUACAAUCAAAUUCUGAACAAUCUCAACAAGAUGUUGUUCUUAUUCAAAAUUCGAUUUCAUCAAAACGCGCAACACUACUUGAUUUUCAUUCAAACGAUAUAAGUGAACAAUUAACAUUACUCGAUUCCGAAUUAUUUCUUAAAAUUCAGUUAUCUGAAAUUUUAUAUAUGUCUAUUGAAAAAGGAGAAGAAUAUUCACCAAAUUUAGCAGCAUUCACUGAACAUUUUAAUAAUAUAUCUUAUUGGGUUCGGUCUCGUAUACUCGAACGAAAUUCUCAACGACAACGUGAAAAUUAUUUUGAGAAAUUUCUUAAAAUUUUAAAACAUUUACGCCGAUUAAAUAAUUUUAAUUCUUAUUUGGCUAUACUGUCGGCACUUGAUUGUGGACCAUUAAAACGAUUAAAUUGGUCAAAAAAUAUUACCGAUGCUGUUUCUGAACAUACCGGACUUAUUGAUAGUACUGGUUCAUUUAAAAAUUAUCGUGAAGCAUUAAAUGCAUCAGUUGGUCAACCAUGUAUUCCUUAUAUUGGUUUAAUUUUAUCUGAUUUAACAUUUGUUCAUAUUGGUAAUUCAGAUUAUUUACAAGAAGAUCGAAUAAUUAAUUUUUGGAAACGAUGGCAACAAUUUACAAUAUUACAUAAACUUCGUUAUUGUCGAAAAUGGGAAUAUAAAUUUGUUCGCAAUGAUCGUAUUUUAUAUUUUUUUAAUAAUUUUGAUGAUUAUAUGAAUGAAGAAGCACAAUGGAUACAAUCAGAAAAGAUUAAACCACGACAAAAAACUAAUCCUUAUGCAUGA